AUGUCAACUCGGGGCCUGGAGGAGUUUCUGGGUCCAUUUCUUCAUGAAACAUCCUGCCGGGUGAUUGACUGGGUGAAGGAGGAGUGUGAAGGAAUCCAGCAGCUGGGACCCGGGCUGCACAAGUGCCAGAAGCUGAGACUCUGUUAUAAUAAAUUGGGAGAUUCAGGAGUGAAACUGGUGUCUGAGUCUCUGAGGAACCCGGAGUGUAAAAUACAGAAACUGUGGCUGUGGGAAGUCGGUCUCACAGAUUCUGGUGCCGAGCCUCUCGCCUCCGCUCUCAGUACAAACCCAUCACUGACAGAGCUGGACCUGAGUCAUAAUGAACUGGGAGAUUCAGGAGUGAAACUGGUGUCUGCGGCUCUGAGGAACCCGGUGUGUAAAAUACAGACACUGCGGCUGUGGUGUGUCGGUCUCACAGAUUUUGGUGCCGAGGAUCUCGUCUCCGCUCUCAGAACAAACCCAUCACUGACGGAGCUGGACCUGGUAUUCAACUCGCUGACAGACCGAUCUGUCCCCGCUCUGCGCCGCCUCAUACUGACCCUCCCGAGACUGGAGCGGAUCUGGCUGGGGGAGAAUGGAUUCAGUCGGACAGGGGAGACGGAACUGAGAUCUCUGCAGGAACCCAGACCGGGACUGAGAGUGGACUGUGAACAUCCGCGCCAGCGGGAUGGGGAUAUAUUGGCAGAUUCCCCGCACUCCCCUUUAAUUCCCCCUCCCCUUUAA